UCGGUUUGCGCGCCAUGUUCACGCAGACGUUGGCGCCAUCUAGCUUGACUGCUGAUUUUGGUUGCCGAUCAAACUCCGUCAUUUGGUUUUUAACAAAAAGAACUACCGAUAUUGCAAUCAAUUCUGUGUUCUCGACGAACUGCCGAAAAACUAAUCGUUUAGCAGGCAGAUUUACAGCGACCGUGUGCGAAUACGCGAAAUCGUGUGGCAAAUGACGCAUCAACGUAGAACAUUGCUUGCAUAAAGGCAAGCGUGCAUCAGUUCAAAUGUAGUGCUACGAUUUUUUCGAGUUGUGUAAUUUAGUGUUGCUUUCAACAUGGAAAGCAAGAACUCCACUAGCGAAAGCAAACCGAAUAAAAACGUAGAAACGGACGACGUGGGAAAGGAAAGUGAACAUUAUGAGAAGGCCAAACCAGGGAGUACCAACAAUGGCUUGGCGUCUGCUGAAACCAAAGAAAUCGACGAACCGGUGGAAAAUAAUAAGGGUAUCGAACAGGUAAAUCAUGUAGAGAACAAAACGCGAGGAGUUAAACGAAAAGCGACAGAUUCCGAGGUUCGCUCAAAGAAUGAAACUGGCAACCAAACGCAUAGUUCUGAGCACGUAGAGAACCGCAAAGAGCACCAGAGCAGCGAAAAUUUAAAUGAUAGCGCUAACGACAGUAAAGAAUCCACUGACGAUCCAGAUCUGGGUAAUUGUACGAACGAUGAGUCCGGUGAUGAUUUUGCUGGUUUUGCAGCCGACCAAACGCCGAAAACGGUGUCGGAAACCGACACGAUGGGUAAGGGGAAACGGGCUCGCAUUCCCAACAAAAGGUACAGCGACAUCGCGAUGUCAAGCGUUAGAAAAUCGUUGGGGUCUUCGGUUAAAAGUCUCGACCUCGACAUGGAAGACAUCCUCAUCAAAGAAGAACCAACGGAUUCGCCAAUUGGCAGCCCGUCCUUGCAAUCGUCGAAAAGGCAGCAGCAACGCCAGUCGUCGACACCGACUAUAAACUUACAGGAUCCAAAAUACCUGAAACCCUUCAAGUACGGUUGGAAACGGGAACUGGUGUGGCGUUCGACCAGUACCAGUUUGAAACCGCUGGGAGAUAUUUAUUAUUACACACCGACCGGAAAAAAGGUUCGCUCCUUUCGGGAACUGGCGGAUCACUUAAACAAUCGCAAUUUGACCGUUGAGAAUUUUUCAUUCUGCAAAGAACCGUUGGGCGUGGAGGAUCCUGAAAAGGAAAUGAUCCGCAAUGCGAAAAUCAAGUCCGAGUCGGGGAGAGACUCGCCCGUACCGCCUAAGAGGACGGAGCUUUUUAAGAAGGCGAAAAAGUCGAUUCUGGCCAAGGCUGAGCCCGCCCCCAAGGUAGUGGAAGGUGGUGUCGCGGCCAAAAGGAAGGUGGACCCACUGCCCAAAGCUGCUAGGCCUGCGAAGAAGAUUAAACUGUCACCCAAGAGGGGCAAAACGCCGUUAUCGAAAAAGGCGAAAGCCUCGCCCGCCGCGCCGGCGUUGGACGAUUCUGCGGACGCCGACGCGACUCCUACGAAAGCCGUCGUUAGCAGCACCGCCGUCAAAUCCAACAACAACAGCAGCAGCAGCAAACCCUGUCAGCCGUGUUCCAUCAGGUGCGAAGGGGUGCAGGGCCUCGUGCCGACCCUGCAGUGCCGCCUCUGCCUCUGCCUGUACCACCACGAGUGUGUGGGACUCACGCCUCAUCUGUCACUUCCCUACGUCUGCAAGAAUUGUCACAUCGAGCAAGGCCAGAAACCGAACCAGUCGACGACCAUAGUGGCGCCGCCGCCUCUCACCCCGAUAAACUCAUUAAAACCGACGGGAGCGCCGCCCCGUCCGGGACCGAUGCCGAAAUUGCAGCGGAUUCCACGGGCGGACGACGUCGCGGCGGCGACGGCCGAGCCGUUGCUGCCCGAAAUGCCGAAACUGACGCCCCGACCUGCGGAUCCACUCCCGGUGGCGUCGGAGGCGGCCGUCGCGAAGUCGUCCCUCGUCGGGUCGGUGACAACGUGGUUACCGCAAAACGUGAAAAUCGUAAACGGGGCGGAGCCCGCGGAGGCACCGAGGCCUCAGUAUCUCGAGUUUAUGGGGGGCCGCAAGUUUCUUGUCAUACCAAAACACAACUACAUGUCGGUGUCGUCGAAUAUGGCGGCGCGAACAGCGGAAGGGGAGAGACCUGCGGCCGCCGCCCCUGAGCUGCCGGACGCGGCCGACGCCGAGCAGUUUUCGUUGGACGUCAAAGUGGAGCCGACGUCGCCGUCGAAACCCGAGAGCUCCCAGAGCGAGGAGGCGAUGGACGCGGCUAAAUCUGACGCCCCUCCUCCGAAUAUAGAAACGUCGAUGAACGCUUCUUCUUGCUCGCCGUCGCUCGCGAAAACCACUAAACGUAACUUCAAACUGAGAAGCAUCACCGGCGGUGGGUCCUCCACUACCGACGACAAAAACGAGGCAAAGUUCAUGGAAAACUACCUGCAGAACCUGUCAUUUGGAUACAACACACUGCUAUAUGUAUUCCAGUACCUGAAGGUCCAGGACUUGCUGCGUGCGGGAUGCGUGUGCACUAUGUGGCGCGACAUAGCGAGCCACCCUGUCUUGUGGCGCACCGUGCGCAUGAAAAAUUCACAGGUGCACAGUUUCGAAGGUCUGGCCAACACCCUUAAGAAACACGGUACCGUGCACCUGGACUUGCGAAAAAUGUUGCUGCCCAGCGCGGGUGACGAUGUGUGGACCGAAUUUUCGGACGCUAUUGAGCGUGUCGACACGCUGCGCAAGAUCGAGCUGUGCCGAUGUCCAGCGGGCGUCGUGGAACGCCUACCGGUCACGAAUCCGGACCUGGAGGUCAUCAACGCGGUCACGAUCAAGUGCGAGUCGAUGGAUUUCACAUCGCUCAAAAACUUGACCAGGAUCAGGGAAUUGAGGCUCAAGUCGACAACGGGACUGAGCGUAAACUCCAUCGACGCCCUUAAGGAGCUAAAAACGCUAAAGAUCUUGUCGCUGACGUCGGUUGUCGACCUGCACAAGCUAGACGUGAACGUCAUCGCCGAACUGACGGAGCUCGAGUCGUUGGACCUGGGCGAGUGUACUGAUUUCCCAAAGAAUUUUGGUCAGGAUGUGAUUAGCAAGCUCGAGCAUCUUGAAAAGCUCCGUCUAGAAAAGGGCCAGGGUAAUUGUCACACGUUCGAAAUUUUCGACGCGGUGCGCAAGAUGAAGAAGCUCGAGCAACUCGAGUUGGUCAAUUUUGAUGUGAAGACCGGCUUCGAUAAAGCCCUCGGUGGGUGCCACAACAUAAAGAAGCUGAUGAUUAUCCCGACGUAUAUUUCGCAAAGCGCGACCACAAAUAAUAUGGUGCUUGCGGGCGUACUGCGAUUGCGAGGUAGCCUGUGCCACUUCGUGUGGGGCGUGACGCUUGAACUGUUGCGGGUUACGGAACUGUUCGUCGACCAGUGCGAAGAGCCCAAGGACAAAAAAGACAAGAGACCUACCGGAAACGGGGAUAGCAUACCGGUCCUCAAGCCGGUACCCGACCUGACCCAUACGGACGUCAUCGAGACCGCGUGCAACCCGCCGCAGGUCGAAAUCUUGCCUCUGCCCAAUCUGCAGAAAUUGCUGCUGAACAGUUUACCGACGACGCGUGUCAAGAUACUGAAGAUACCCUUCCACGCCACCUGGAGGCAAACGCUCACAGAUUCGGUGUAAAAUAAGGGGGCGGGGUGAGAAGGCUACCGCGAGAGUUUUGGGGCAGAUGACGAGAGAGAAAGAGAUGUAUAUUUAAUUUUUUUUUUUUUUUUUAGUGAACAGUCCCAUUUUUGUAGCGCUUAAGUCUAAAUAUAUUUCGGUUUUUGGUCCGCUCGGAUUCCGGUGCUCUCCUCCCCCGGAAGGGUCGGCGCCGCCGCAGACCCUAACACGCGCACACGCACGUGCUUUUUGUUUUUUUAACUGUACAGUUUACUUUUUUAUUAGAUAUUUUAGUUAUAAUAUCUACCUGGUCUUUUUCAAGAUAUUUAUAUAUAUAGUUCUCACCUCCCCCCAAAUAGAUCAAGAAUAAAACACGUUUUACAAGGCUCGUUUUAUU